UUUUAGGCUAUCUGACAAAUAUGUAUCAGACGGUGUAUGAAACAUGAAAGCUACUAAUCUCAAAUAGAAAAUGUACAGAAUUCUGUUACUUCAUUCUAGAUAACAGUGGGCCAUUAAAGCGCCGCGGAGCCUGGCACGUUCCUGGAGGACUCCCGAGCGUGGAGGAGGACAGGGAGACAGCGCAGGGGAACUGAAAAAGCAGUAUGCAUCCGCCGGGAGUAGCUUGGUCGCCCACCAUCUGAGGCUGCAGCCCCAGUUCGCCUUUGUGAGCAGCCGCCUGGGAAGUCCGCCAGCUCCCGCGGAGCUCCUGGGUCCCAGCUCGCGCUGCGAUGGGGCACCUGCCCAAGAGGGCGCACGGCGGUCGUCGCCUUCUGCCUCUGCUCUGGCUCUUUGUGCUACUCAAGAAUGCUGCCACCUUCCAGGUAAUAGUCCGAGAUGACAACAGCAUCGCUGUGUCUCUAGAAGCUUCUGAUGUCAUCAGCCCAGCCUCUCUGUAUGUUGUGAAGAUUACUGGCGAAUCCAAAAAUUACUUCUUUGAGUUUGAGGAAUUCAACAACACUUUGCCUCCUCCUGUGAUAUUUAAGGCCAAUUAUCAUGGCCUUUAUUACAUUAUCACCCUGGUGGUGGUAAAUGGAAAUGUGGUAACCAAGCCAUCCAGAUCUGUCACUGUGUUAACAAAACCUCUACCAGUAACCAGUGUUUCAAUAUAUGAUUAUAAGCCUUCUCCUGAAACAGGAGUCUUGUUUGAAAUUCAUUAUCCAGAAAAAUAUAAUGUUUUCACAAGAGUGAACAUAAGCUACUGGGAAGGGAAAGCCUUCCGGACAAUGCUGUAUAAAGAUUUCUUUAAGGGAAAAACAGUAUUUAAUCACUGGCUGCCAGGAAUGUGUUACAGUAAUAUCACCUUUCAGCUGGUCUCUGAGGCCACAUUUAAUAAAAGUACUCUCGUAGAGUACAGCGGCGUCAGUCAUGAGCCCAAACAGCACCGAACUGCUCCUUAUCCACCUCGAAAUAUUUCUGUUCGUAUUGUAAACCUGAACAAAAACAACUGGGAAGAACAGAGUGGCAGUUUCCCAGAGGAAUCAUUCCUGCCAUCACCAGAAACGACAGAAAAAGACAAACUCUUGCAUUUUUCAGAGGAAGCUCCUGAACCCUCUGUGAACAUUUCUUCGGGUUGGCUUGAUGUUAAUAUCAGUGACUAUGAAACCACCUCUCAGCCGUAUUGGUGGGACAGUGCAUCUGCAACACCUGAGCGUGAAGAUGAACUCGUCAGUGUCCUGCCCAUGGAAUACAGCACCAACAGCUCACUCAGUGAGACAGAGAAGUCAGCAUCAAGCUCUGUCUUCCCUGUGCAAAUGAUACUGAGCUGGUUACCACCAAAACCCCCGACUGCCUUUGAUGGGUUCCAUAUUCACAUAGAGAGAGAAGAGAACUUCACUGAAUAUUUGACAGUGGGUGAAGAAGCACAUGAAUUUGUUGCUGAGUUGAAGGAGCCUGGGAAAUACAAAUUAUCUGUAACAACCUUUAGCGCCUCAGGAUCUUGUGAAGCUCGAAAGAGUCAGUCAGCAAAAUCGCUCAGCUUUUAUAUCAGCCCUACAGGAGAGUGGAUUGAAGAGUUGACCGAGAAGCCCCAGCAUGUGAGCGUCCAUGUUUUAAGCUCGACCACGGCAUUGAUGACCUGGACAUCGUCCCAGGAGAACUACAACAGCACCAUUGUGUCUGUGGUGUCGCUGACCUGCCAAAAACAAAAGGAGAGCCAGAGACUCGAAAAGCAGUACUGCACCCAGGUGAACUCAAGCAAACGCAUUAUUGAAAACCUGGUUCCUGGUGCUCAGUACCAAGUUGUGAUGUAUCUGAGAAAAGGCCCUCUGAUUGGACCACCUUCAGAUCCUGUGACAUUUGCCAUUGUUCCCACUGGAAUCAAGGACUUAAUGCUUUAUCCCUUGGGUCCUACCGCGGUGGUUCUGAGCUGGACUAGACCUUACCUAGGAGUAUUCCGAAAAUACGUGGUUGAAAUGUUUUAUUUCAACCCGUCAACCAUGACAUCGGAGUGGACCACCUACUAUGAAAUAGCUGCCACUGUCUCCUUAACUGCCUCCGUGAGAAUAGCUAACCUGUUGCCAGCAUGGUACUACAACUUUCGGGUAACCAUGGUGACAUGGGGAGAUCCAGAACUGAGCUGUUGUGACAGUUCCACCAUAAGCUUCAUCACCGCACCAGUAGCUCCAGAAAUCACGUCUGUGGAAUAUUUCAACAGCCUGCUGUAUGUCAGCUGGACAUACGGGGAUGACACUACAGACCUGUCCCAUUCCAGAAUGUUGCACUGGAUGGUUGUAGCAGAAGGAAAGAAGAAAAUUAAAAAGAGUGUAACACGCAAUGUCAUGACCGCAAUUCUCAGCUUGCCUCCAGGAGACAUCUACAACCUUUCAGUAACUGCUUGCACUGAAAGAGGAAGUAACACCUCCAUGCUCCGCCUCAUCAAGCUAGAGCCAGCUCCUCCCAAAUCACUCUUCGCGGUGAACAAAACUCAGACUUCCGUGACUUUGCUGUGGGUGGAAGAGGGCGUAGCUGAUUUCUUCGAAGUCUUCUGUCAACAAGUUGGCUCUGGUCAAGAAACCAAGCUCCAGGAGCCGGUUGCUGUGUCUUCUCAUGUUGUGACCAUCUCCAGCCUCCUUCCAGCCACUGCCUACAACUGCAGCGUUACCAGCUUCAGCCACGACAGCCCCAGUGUUCCCACAUUUAUAGCUGUCUCAACAAUGGUUACAGAGAUGAAUCCCAACGUGGUGGUCAUCUCGGUGCUGGCAAUCCUUAGCACACUUCUGAUUGGUCUGUUGCUUGUUACCCUCAUUAUUCUUAGGAAAAAGCACCAACAGAUGGCUAGAGAAUGUGGAGCAGGAACAUUUGUCAAUUUUGCAUCCUUAGAGAGGGAUGGAAAGCUUCCCUACAACUGGCGUAGGAGUAUAUUUGCUUUCCUAACCCUGCUACCUUCAUGUCUUUGGACUGAUUAUCUUUUGGCAUUUUAUAUUAAUCCUUGGAGUAAAAAUGGCUUAAAGAAGAGGAAACUGACUAACCCUGUUCAACUGGAUGACUUUGAUGCAUACAUCAAGGAUAUGGCCAAAGACUCUGACUACAAAUUUUCCCUUCAAUUUGAGGAGUUGAAACUGAUCGGAUUGGAUAUUCCACACUUUGCUGCAGAUCUUCCACUGAACCGAUGUAAAAACCGUUACACAAACAUCUUGCCAUAUGACUUUAGCCGAGUGAGAUUGGUCUCCAUGAAUGAAGAGGAAGGUGCAGACUAUAUUAACGCCAACUAUAUUCCUGGGUACAACUCCCCCCAUGAGUACAUUGCUACGCAGGGGCCACUGCCUGAGACCAGAAAUGACUUCUGGAAAAUGGUCCUACAACAAAAGUCGCAGAUGAUUGUCAUGCUCACUCAGUGUAACGAGAAAAGAAGGGUGAAAUGUGACCAUUACUGGCCAUUCACGGAAGAACCCAUAGCUUAUGGGGACAUCACUGUGGAGAUGAUCUCGGAGGAAGAACAGGACGACUGGGCCUGUAGACACUUCCGCAUCAACUACGCUGAUGAGAUGCAGGACGUGACGCAUUUUAAUUAUACGGCCUGGCCUGAUCACGGGGUACCCACAGCAAACGCUGCUGAAAGCGUCCUGCAGUUUGUGCACAUGGUCCGACAGCAAGCCACCAAGAGCAGAGGCCCCGUGAUCAUUCACUGUAGUGCUGGAGUGGGUCGGACAGGAACCUUCAUUGCCCUGGACAGGCUGUUACAGCACAUUCGGGACCAUGAGUUUGUCGACAUCCUAGGGCUGGUGUCAGAAAUGAGAUCAUACCGGAUGUCUAUGGUGCAGACAGAGGAACAGUACAUUUUUAUCCAUCAGUGUGUGCAGCUGAUGUGGAUGAAGAAGAAGCAGCAGUUCUGCAUCAGUGAUGUCAUAUAUGAAAACGUUAGCAAGUCCUAGUUCAGGAAUCGGAGCAGCAAGGACGUGACGUGCACCCACCCUCCUUUGCUUCCGGAUAUUUUGGGGAGCCCUGCUAGUCAUUUUGCUAACAGGAGCUCUGGCUUUGUAGUGUGUGGCCAAGGAGAUACUUGUAUGUUGUACAAGCACUGGAAAGACUUAGCCUUAAAGAGCCUACAGUGUCUUUUGGACUCCUUCAUUUCUGGACAUUGAACAAUGGACAAAAUUAACAGAACACCAGAAAGAGCAAGACGCUCUGCAAGGGGCAGCAAGCACACCACUUAUCAGGAGUUUUAGGCCCUUUUGCUGGCUGGGCUGAGUUUUUUUUUCUUUGUGUGUGUGUGUUUGUUUUAAGUGCAAUAAUUUUUGUAUGUGUGUGAUUUUAUCAAAUUGUUUUCUGCCCACAACACUGAUCCAACCCCUUAGUCCAGGAAGGAACAGGUGUGGUUAGCAUCGAAUUAUACCUCAUUGUUUAAGUGCAUCAUGAACACACAUGAAGAAAUGGUAGUUGUACACAAGGCAAUGAAUCCAACAAUGUCUGCGCAGCAAACCGAAGCUACUAGAUUAGAAGCGGGGAGGAUGGAUGGAUAAGAGAGAGGCGUUCUAUCCAUAGAUCAACUGCAAAUUUUUUCCUAUUUCAAAUAUAGAAAGUUGUAAUUUAACUUCAAUGUAGAGUAGAAAGAACUAUUUGUCUUAAGUGUUCUAGUUCUUGCUGGUUUUCUUCCUUAUUAACAGAUGGGUGUUUUCCACCUUGGCCUCUUUAGACUAACGUCACUGUCCAAACCUUCUGUUUCAGAAGAGCUUCAUGUCUCAUUGUUUAAACUCUGUUGCUGUUUGAGCAAUCUUGGUGCCUACCAUUUGCAUUCCUUUCUGUGUCACUUACACACCUAUGAGAGCUAUUUGUUGUGAACUACAGGCUGUGAAAAUGCACUUUUUCCCCUUCCUGGAGCUUGGAAUUUAUGAAAGUAUGGCAAAGAACCGCAGCAUGCGAAGACAAUUCUUUGGCUACAUUUUGUGUGUGUGUGUGUGUGUUUGAGAGAGAGAGAGAGAGA